CCCCCUGUCCCAUCUGCAGAAGAAGGGGCAGGAAUGGUGGAGGCCCAGAGCCUCCAACCUGUAGGAAGAGGGAGGGUACAUAGUCUGGGAGUCUGGACAGACCAUCUGAGGUUGGGAGGUGGGGGACACAAGUGGCCAGAGCCUCUAGAGGGUGCCUGGGGCUGGGGCCUGGCCUACAGAGGGCUGGCCUUCUCACUCAGGCAGCUUGCCAGCCCCCCAUCCCUAAGCCCCCUAACCUCCUCCACCAGCUGUCUCCAUCCCUUACGUACCACCACCUUCAGAAUAGGAAGAGGAAGGCUAAUAAGAAUAGUGAUAUCUGUAGAGUCCUUUCUCCAUGUCCAUAUUUCUUCCUUAUAUUCAUGAUCUUAUUUAAUGCUCACAGCACUGCGGAAGAUUAAUUGCUCCUACUUUGCAGGUGUGGAAACCAAGGCCUAGAGCUAUUAAAUGGCUUCCUCAGUGCCACACAGGUAGAGAGUGGCAGUGCCAAGAGUAUUGUGGGGAAGUGGGGCAGACGCAAAAUAGUCUCCUGGGGAGGUGCUGGGGAGGUACAAAGCAUCUCCAUCCUCCUCCCACAGUUAAAAGAAGAGGGAGGUUGUGCUUAAGGGUGACUGCCCCUUAUUGGGGGCAGUGGCCCAAUGACCAGGAAGGGAUAGUGGGUGGCUGAUGACAUAGACAGACCCUGAGGCAGCAAGAGGCAUGUGACCAAUUCCUUAGGUAAUAUCACCACCAGCAUGGUUGCCAUGGAGUCACCAACUCAUGGUGACCUUGCGUGUUGUACAGUAGAACUGUUCCAUAGGCUUUUUAAGGCUAUGACCUUCCGGAAGCAGACUGACAGGCCUUUCUUCUGAGGUGUCCCUGGGUGAGUUCAGUUAGUAAUUGAGCGCUUAACCACUUUGCACCACCUAGGGACCCCUGGAUAUAUCACAGCAGGAGCAAAUUCCCCAGGAUAUUUCAUGCAACCCCACUUCCUCCUGCCUUAAUCCCAUAGUGCCUGACACUGAACCAUUGGUCACCUCCAUCAACCCAGCAGGGAGGGUGGCACUUCCAAAGCCAGGGGAAGUGAUCUGAUGAUAGCUUCCUUGGCUUCUUUUGUCCCCCUCUAGGCUGGAGCCAGAGGCAUGGUGAUCUCCCCUGGGUUGGGUCGUGAGCAGGUGGGAGUCUAGGCCUACCUGAACCUCUUCCUAGGGUGUGGACAGUGUCCGAGCCCCCACGGAGAGCAGGCUGGGCUUUAUCUGAUAGGUGGAGCAGACAACAGUGGGAUUUUCAGGGAAGGAGAGAUGGCCCCUCACUGGGUAUGUGGAAAACAGUACCUGGAAGUCAACUGUGUGAGGAGGCCCCGAUCAUGAACUUGUCCUCUAAACGGGUUCCUGACACCCAGGAUGAACACCAGAUGCCAGAGCUUUGGCUAUGGGUGGAAGCAGUCCAGGGCAGAGCAGAAGUCAAGGCCAGGAACCAGAGCCCCCACAGCACGGAGGGCUAAGCCAAAGGCUAUAUAUUCAGGCUAUUCCAGAUACCAUCUGGACGGCGCUGGACAGGAUCCAGGAUUCAACCACUUCUUAAACCUCUACUGCUACUAGACUCAGUCACACCACCCUUUUUUUUUUUCUUCCUACAUUAUUGCAGUAUCCGCCAAAUACCGUAAGCACAUUUCUGCCUUAGGACCUUUGCACUUGUGUUUCCUUUUGCAGACCUAUAAUCCUGUCCCCCAGAUCUUUGCAUGCCUGAGUCCUUUGGGUCUUUACUCAAAAGCCUCCCUUUUGGGUAGGCCUUACCUGACCACUCUAUCUGAAAUUUAAAACCCCUCCCCUAACAUUUCACAUUUCCCUGCUUUAUUUUUUUUCUCAUCAGCCCUUACUGCUGUCCAGCCUAUCAUACAUUUUACUCAUUUAUCUUGCUUAUCACGUAAGCUUCCUGAGAGUAGGGAUUUCAGGCUAUUCUGUUCAUCACAACAUCCCCUGGCCUAGGAGAGUGUCAAACACACCAUAGGUGCUCAGAAAACAUUGCUGAGUUGGGGGGAUGGCGUAAGUCAUCACUGGGCCAUAUAGUCUGGGUUUUCAGGGUGGACAGGGAGUCCCAAGAUAUGGGAAGACCUGAGCUGGCUCUGCCUGGGGAGGGUAGAAAGUGCGAAGGUGUUGUGGGGAGGGAGGAUGCUCAUCUGUCCCAGCCACACAGUUUCACCAGAAGUGUGUUUACUAAAAGGGUGGUGUGACCAGAGGCCUCCUGGAGAAACCCUUAAGCCCCCUGGGCGUGCAUUCUUGCCUUGCCUUUCACUACUGCUGUGAGCUUGACAGGUGACCUUGUGUCUCAGUGGCUUAGCUUCCUCAUCUUUCAUAGACAGUUAACAAUAGUGCCUACCACACAAGGUUGUUAUGAGGGUAAACUGAGCCGACAUUUUGUAAAGUUCUCAGAAUGGAGCCCAGUAUAUAAGUGCUUUAGAAGUGUUUUGUAACUUUUAAAAAUAUUAAGUGGCCAGACUUCCUCUCAUGUUUAAUCAAAAACACCUUGUCAUUAAAGGAGCUAAAAUGAAACAUUAAAUAUUAAAUAAGUCAUGCAUAUGUAUUAAUGGAAUAGCCAGGUGGUUCAUGUUGCCACCUUUGUCACCAGUCCUGGCCUGGAAUCAGGAGGGCUUCCUGGAAGGAGGGAUACCAGAGCUGCAACCUGAAGCAUGAGGAGAAAUUGGCCCAGAGAACGGGGAGGAGAGCGCUCGGGGCAGAGGGAACCAAAGGUGCAAAGGCCCAGAGAUCUGGGUCUGAUAGAGGGCCUGGGCAAAGUUAGGUAUGGCCAGACAGUAGCAAGGAGGUGGUGAACAGAGAUGUUAGUGUGGAGAUGUGUCUGACUUGUUUCUUUCGCAUUUGGAUAUUCAACCCUUGAGCACCUACUGUAUGUUGGGCACUGUUCUGGGUGCUGAGGAAACAUUGGAGAACAAACUGUACAGAAGUCUGUGCCCUGGAGGAUCUGACCUUUGAAGGGGAGAAACAGAUUUUAACAAGUUAAACGAGUAAAAUACAUGGUCUGUUCAGUCAGAAUUCGACUCAAUGGCAAUGGGUUUAGUUUUUAUAGAAGGUAGCAGAUGCUCUGGAGAAAAUAUUGCCGGGAUGGGAGUUAGGGUUUAGUAGAAGUAAAUAUUUAAUACAGUGGGCAAAAUUAGGAAGGCCUCAGUGAGAAAGUAACAUUGGAGCAAGACCCUUGUUUAAAAUGAGGUAAAGGUAGCAAGCCAUUGAUAUCUCUGGCAAAGGUGCAGUCUUUUUUUUUUUUUUUAAAUGAAAGAUAAUUAAAUCAUGAGAAAUGGACAUAUAUUUUACAUUUGAAAUAAAAUGGAACAAAAAUGCAUAUAUGCUCAAUGGUUAAAUGUGAAAUCCUACAUAUUCACAGUUAGUCUGUUUCUUUUGAUUGAAGUCUUCUCUCAGACCAUUGCUCUUUCUGCAGUUUCUAAGACUGAGACUAAUUAUUAAUCUUGGAUUUACAACAUGGCUCUUUCUUUUCUAAGCAGAGGAUGACAUCAUCCUUCCCCUCCAGUUGUUUCUACCAGAUAAACUGUCACUCUUAACCUAUCACUCCACUGCCAUGACAGCCUCAGUCUCACAAUGUCCUGGCCUGGUCCCUCUGUUUCACCGUCAGCUGGCCAUUCAUUUCUGUAAUCCAGAGUGUCCCUCCGUCUCACAUUCAUAAACCUGCACAACGGGAGCCUAAACACACCUUUAACAUGAUGAUUUGACUCCUAGUUUUACAUCUAAACCCUCCUCAAAUGCUCUCAUUCGUAAUUACACCAUAUUGUAGGUGUGCUGAAUUUUUAAAGAUAACAGCAUUUGUUUUUACAGCUUGAGUCAGGACUGGCUGCUAAUGGAUUUCGUCUCUAGGACCAAACAAAUUGAUGAGUGUGGGCUUGAGACAGCGUUUGGACUUAAAGAGAAUAGAGAUGGCCUAGCAAUGUCAGCAGUGGGAGCGGUAAGGGAAAUCAAGACGCUGCCAACUUGGCAACAAAAAUUUAAGAUCAGAAUGAUGGCUGGCCUUUAUCGGGCAUCUUUGGGGAAUGAAUAAAUUCACACAAAUUAAGAUUCCAAACAACCAGGUUUUUUUAUUACUUCCUUUUUAAUUGUUAGGUGGGAAACCAGAUAAUCCCACUUACAGAAGUGAAUGUAAAGUACGGGUAAGUGAGCCCUGAAAGAGAGUCUGAGAGACUUUCUAGGCUUAAAGUCCACAAGCCUUAGUGCGUGAACUUUGGCUUCAAAAUUGUAUUGCUUGGUUGAUUGUUCAUUUAGACUAUUGACAAUUUGGAUGCUCUUUUUUUUUAUUUUUAAACCAAAAUUCCCAGUUCUUGAUCCUGCUGAUAACCUGCCUGGGGACCCACUCUCUCCGCUACCACUACCUGGCCCUGUCAGAGCCAGGCCCGGGCCUCCCCCAAUUUCUGGCUGUGGGCUAUGUGGACGACCAGCCCUUCAUCCGGUAUGACAGUCGCGUGGGCAGGGCCCAGUCCCAGGCCCCGUGGAUGGUGCUCGUGGACACCCAGUACUGGGAGAGGGAGACCCAGAAGCAGAGGGGCUGGGAGAAGGUGCAGCAGGUGGAGAUGUGGACCGUGAUGGGCUACCACAACCUCAGCAGCGGCAAGCACAGCGCUCAGCGUAUGUUUGGCUGCGAGAUUCAGGAGGAUGGCCGCUCCAACAGUUUCUGGCAGUUUGGCUUCAAUGGGCAGGACCACCUGUCAUUGGACCUGGAUACACUGAGCUGGGUGUCAGCCCAUCCUGUGGCCUUACGAACAAAGCGCUGGUGGGAGACAGAGCGCUGCUACGCCCAGUACGACAAGGCGUAUCUGCAAGGCCUCUGCCUCACCUCGCUGCGCAGGUACCUGGAGCUAGGAGGCCAGAGUCUGACUCGCACAGAGCCACCCAAGGUACAGGUGACAUGGCACAUAGGCCAGGAUGGCAGGGUCACACUGAAGUGCUGGGCCUUGGGCUUCUACCCACAGGACAUCUCCCUGAGCUGGUGGCUGAGGGGAGAGGAGCUGGCCCUAGAGACUGAGCACGUGGAGACGCGUCCCAGCGGGGAUGGCACCUACCAGAAGUGGGCAGCCGUGCAGGUGCCUGCUGGGGAGGAGUCCGGGUACACCUGCCACGUGCAGCACCCGGGCCUGAACCAUACACUCACCAUGACCUAUGAAUCACCGUCUCAUCCAAGACUUAUUGCCGACUUGGUUAUCUUCAGCAUCCUGGUCACCAUAUCCCCAGUGGCUGCAGUUGUGAUCUGGAUCAAGAAGAAACCUUCAGCCAGGGAUAAGGAAUCUUACCAGCAAGCCCCAGGUGAAGAGGACCUCCAUAAAUCCCAAAGCACCUCAAGAGUAGUGACUAUUCAGCAUCUCUGCUGACCAAAGCUCACUGUUACAAGACCUAGGAGGUGUUUGGAGGGGGCCUGGAGACCACCAAGCUCUUCUCAUCCCAUCAGCCUGGUUUCAAGUGGUCUGGGUCACUGAGUUAAGCAUUGUCAUCUUCCUUAAGUCCUUUUAAAAAUCCAGUUGUUUCCUGUUGGGAGGGUGGGGAAGAGGGCAGUAGUAAUCAUUCUGCAGAUACAUUUGACACUUGACAAUUUGCAGAACGAUUUCAUUUAAGUGUAAAUCGCACUUGACUCUUGACAUCCUGUAAGUUUGGCGAUGUUAUUCUCAUCCCCACUUCCCCAACAUAGACACCAAGGCUUAGGGCAGUUAAGGAAGAAUCAGAAUACUAGGAGUUAUAGGGCGCAUCCUACAUUCAUAUGCCAGCAACUGGAAGAAUCGCCUCUUUUUAUAGAUAUGUUCUUGUAUGUAUGUACGUAUGAUCUCCUUUCAUAAAAAAAAUAAGAGUGUUGAGGGGUGUGGGGGGGCCUGGGAGGUAAUGAGUAUAUGUGGAUGUACGUAGGGGUGUGAAGGGGUAGAGUUGACUGUCCGUGUUUGUGUGAGAAGAAAAUCAUCCAAAUUUCUUCAGCUAACCCUGGGCAGCUAGAGGAUGAGAAAUGACACGGUACAUAUUUUGUACAGGUUUGAAUUUUUACAAUGAGCACCUGUUACUUUUACCAUAAGGAAAAGACCUUUUUUGCUGUGUCCUGUGGAAAUGCUUUAAGUGUGUGAUCUGGGGGAAGGCCCACCCUCACCUUGCCUGCAUUUUCAGCAAAGCAGAAACCCAUGUCUGCUUUGUGAACAAGAAUCUCUGUGGGGCUACACGUCUUUGUUUAUUUAGAAAGAGUCACAGCCUCAGUCACAGGCCGCAUGAUGCAUAAAGCCUGGGAUUCGGACACAGAGGAGGUGAGAGCCCCGGGGAGGAAACCUCCACUGUCGUGAGUGCCCAGAGGACCUCAGGGCCAGCUCGUGCCCUCUCAUCCACCCAGGAGGAAACUUGAGGCCAAUCCCUUCCAGGGCAUCCUCUCCCUCUCCCACCCAAUUCAUUCCUGCCCCCAGAGAGCCAGCUUAGACCCGAAGGCAUGAGGGAACCUCCGUGUAGGAACUUCUGAAACUCCGUGUCCUACAGCUCUGACAGAACACAGCCCAAGGACAUGAGAGACUUUUGACUCUAGAAAAAGUUUCAGCCUGCUUUGGUGGACUGCAUGACCUCAGCAGCGAGCUGUCAGAUUUUAUUGAAAGACGUGUCUUAAAUGUCUCUCUCAGUGACACUGUCACAAACUGUGUAUACUGUGCUGAUUGAUCAUGUGCCAAACAGGAUUCUAAUCACUUUACAUGUACUGUGCAGUAGAAUUAAUAACGCUGUGCUACAGGGGAAGGAACUGAGGCCCAGAGAGGUCAAGUGUCUGUCCCAGGGUCCCACAGCCCUGAGAGCCGGGAUGUGAGGUCACACAAUCUGGCUGCAGUCUGGGUGCCUCACCACUGAACCAAAAGCCUCAAUUACCGCUGCACCAUUCUGUAAAAGGGUAGGUAAGUACAGAUCUACAAUCCCUUAUCCAUAAUUCUGAAAUCCAAAAACCAGGUUUAAUUUUGGGAUCAAAACAUAACCCAAGCCGAAGUCACGCUAUUCAUACUCUAUUUGCUCCCUUUAGUGUGCCUCUUCACAGUUUUCUGCAGAAAUAUUUAUGUAUUUGGUUAUGGGGUAUCACCCCAUGCCCCUCUGGAAAUGUUAAGUAAUAUCCAGCAUCUGCAUUUCAGUACUUUCUAAAGUCCAAAGAAUUCUAAAUUCAGAAAUAGGUCUGGCCCCAGGGAUUAUGGACAUGUAUUAAUAAGGUUUUGUAGUAAUAAACAUGUUUUACUUUGGUUGGUAGAAGCACAGUUGUCUGGCUGUACCAUAUGACUGGGAUCCUGGCCCAAGGCAGGUCUAUCCCCCCACCACCAAGGAGAAGUAUGAGUACCCAGGUGGAUCCUCAGGGUUCCUUCAGUCCAAACGUACUUAGGGCCUCCUGAGCAGAAGAGGAAUUUUCUUCCAUGGGGGCUUCAAGGUGUUUAGGGAAAAACAGGUUGGAAGAGGUGUUCCUGGCUGGCCACAUCUCACUUCCCAAAUGGUACAGCUGUGCCAUUUUCUGUGCUGCUGCCCCAAGACUUCAGGCUCCGCAGAUCCCCAGACCGCAGCAGACCUUACCCAUCUCCCACCGCCAGCCUUGAGUCCUGCCCAGACAGGCACAAACCUUCGACCCAUGGGUUACAGGGCUUUUUUGAUGAAGUUUUGUAGAACUGAAGGGAGCCUGAGACAGAGGCACCUCAUUCCACUGUGUCUCACUUCUGUGAAAUGCGAGCCUUGGGCUGAAUGCGGUGUUGAAGUUCCCUUCCAGCUUUGCACUUCUCUGUGUCCAGGACCCUGAAUAUCUAUGGGGCUUUGGGAUGGUAGAACCAUCUCUCCCAGAUAAGGAGAAAGGGCAGACAGGGGUCUUGGGCUGGUACGGUACCAUAUUCACACCAUGGCCCCUACAGGACAGCAGUAGAGCCCAGGCCGCAUGCCACCCAAAGAGUACGGUCCCUUCAUCUUUCCAAUUGACCUCAUUGGUAACUUGGUUUAGAAACUGCCUAAGAGCAAGGACCUUGCCCUUUGUAUCUGUCCUGGAAAUGCAUCAGCAAACCCUUGUUUUUGGACUUCCUGGACUUUUCCUCUGGCUUUCCUAACAUUGGUCGGUGGUCAGCGUAGGCCCCUCUGUCCACCUAGCCGCCGACCUUCUCCCUAAGGUAUGCCAUCCCCAAGGAGAGAGCUCCAAGAACAGACUGGUGGACAGGGAAGGCUUCAACCAGAAGUGCCCAAAGGAGAGGGGACAGGGUCACUAUACCAUUGCCCUUUCCUGGGGGGGCAUUCCUCUGCUUUCCUGAGUCCUACUCAGCCCUUCUCCAAAUGCAGCAGUGCACACUCUGACUCUUGUCCGGAAGGGCCAUCAGAAUCUGCCGCCUUCUCCCUCUGCUGCCGUCUGACCCUCGGAGUGUCUGUGUCUCAUCAUUCCUUAACUGAAUUAUGAGAUCCUUGGUAUCCUUCAGGCCACUGCUUUAACUUUCUCCCUUAUAGGAUAGUGAGUAUUCAUAAAAUAUAUUUUAGAACUAAUGGGGUCCUAGAGAGCACCUCUACAAGCCGCUGAUAAUUUUACACACACCCUCACCCUAUUACGCUGCUUCGCUCUGUUGAAGUUGUGCAGCCUCUCUCUUACAGAAUUUACCAUUGCUUAUGUAAGGUUUUUUUUUUUUUUUUUGGUUUUUAUGUAAGAGUCAUUUCUGCCCAGGCUGGGAGCUCUCUAGAGUGCACAUCUUUCACUCAUUUAACACUCACCCGGCUUAUAUUAGCCUACGUCUCUUGCACCUGCCAAAAUGAGGGUGAACAUGAUCUGACCACCACCACAUACCAAUUAGUACAUGAACCCAGGGGUUUGGAGUCUAAUUCCAUGGAGGGGAUAACAAGCCUGGAAAGCAUGGAGGUCCCCUCUGACGCAUUUCUGUUUACCCUUUUUAUGGUGUUAUGGAAGAAGGCACUCAUUGUUAGGUGCCGUUGAGUGAAUUUUCAACUCAUAGUGACCCCAUCUGACAGAGCUGAACUGCCCCAUAGCGUUUUCUAGGCUGUAAUCAUUCUCACACGGACCUUCUGAGUGCAUUCAAACCUCCAAUUUUUCAGCAGCCAAGCACUUAACCAUCGUGCCACCAGGGCUCCUUUUGGCCUCAUUUCCGUCUCCCUGCUUAGCCGUGGCUGGUCAGCAGUCUCAACCAAAGACAAGUGCUCCAGGCCCAGUUGAACCAGCCUGAACACCUGCCUCUCUCCAGUUCCUCCUUCAGCCACUCCUGCCAGGAGAGAAACGUGUGAGGGGACAGAAGGCAAAUCCAGAGGGAAUUCAUCUUAGCCCUGAGUGUCCCUCCACAACCACCACAGUCUCCUGAGUGGGCAGGCAGGCAGGCAAGUGAGGAGGAUUCUGAGCACUUUUGGAAACUGACAAGUGGCCUGAGAACCUGGCAGGGUCAUGAGGGCAGCUUUGCAGGGGGUCUUCCUCUCUGUCCCCAGAUGGAAGACUCUUGGGGAAAUCAGCAUCCUCAUCCAGCAGGGCAUAGACUUUGUGUCCUGAGGGCUCUGCCACCUGGCUGCACCUGAGUACUGCUUCUUCCCUCAGCCCUGAGCAGAGCUGGCACUGGCUCAACUCCAGGAGCUCCACCCACAACCUGCCCCUCACUCCCCCCUCAUCCAGCCUUCCAAGCCCAGUAAUCACCCCUACCCUGAUUUCCCCACAGUGCAGGGUCUGCCGUGCAAGGGGGGCAGGCCAUGAUCUUCUCUACUAAUGGAUCUAACUCAGCUUUCUGGUCCUUAAGCAACCCUGAGAUACAUCCACACUGUCAUGGAUUGAGUUAUGUCCCCCAAAAAAUAUGUGUAUCAAUUGGGCUGGGCCCUGAUGCCCGGUAUUGUGUGAUUUUCCUAUAUGUUGUAAAUCCUACCUCUAUGAUGUUAAUGAGGGAGGAUGGGCAGCGGUUGUGUUAGUGAGGCAGGACUCACCCUACAGGAUUGGACUGUGUCUUAAGGCAAUCUCUUGAGGUACAGAAGAUAGAAGGGGGGGGGGGCAGCGUGCUCAUACCACCAAGAAAGCAGCACCAGAAGCAGAGGGCGUCUUUUGGACGUGGAGUCCCUGAGCCUGAGAAGCUCCUCGACAAGGGGAAGAUUGAGGACAAGGACCUUCCUCCAGAGCUGACAGAGAGAGAAAGCCGUUCCCUGGAGCUGACACCCUCAAUUUGGACUCGUAACCUACUACUACACUGUGAGAGAGUAAAUUUCUCUUUGUUAAAGUCA